AUGGUCACCUUUUUCUUCCCCUUUAUUUUUCUGGCUAGCCUUCUUCUUUCCUCUCCACCCGCCGAGGCUGCAUGCUCUGACAUUACUGGUAACUGGUAUGAUAGUCACUCUAUUCCAACAGCACAACUUAUUUUCAGGAUAGAGAAACAUAAUGGCGCCUACUCCUCGUUUGCUGUCACUUAUAAUCCGAACUGGGGCACGGGCUCAGUGAGCUAUGACUCCUCUUCUUCUAUCAUUAACAUGCUCUUAGAUGAUGGAGAAAAUAUUACUGGAUCUGUUGCCUCCGACUGCUCUAACAUAACGUGGAGCACAGUCCCUGCUGCGUGGAUCAAAGUCCCAAAAGUCCAUCAAGUCCACGUUGUCUUCAUGAAUCAUCUUGAUGUAGGAUAUGCUGGUUUUGCUGCUGUAAUAAUCAACAAGUAUUUCCAGUCUUACUUUCCUCGUGCCAUCCGUCUUGCUGAAGAGAUGGAGCUCUAUAGACCCGAUGAGUCAUUCAUCUACACCACUCAGCCAUGGCUUGUUGACCUCUACCUUGACUGCCCUCCUAACAUGACCCUCAAUGGCAUACAGGUCAAGUGUCCAUCUCCUUCUGAAAUAGAGUCCUUUGAUGCUGCUAUAAGAAAAGGGUACAUUGCAUGGCAUGCUGGACCCAUGAACAUGCAAAUUGAGUUCAUGAAUGAGGCUGUGCUUGAGGCCGGACUAUCAAUCGCUCAGAGACUCAACAAGAAAUACUUGAAGUCUACGACGGUACUCAGUCAGAGAGAUGUCCCAGGACUCACAAUGUGUUCACUAAAGACUCUUAAUAAGUAUGGGGUCAAAGCUGUCUCUGUUGGCGUUAAUUCAGGGAGUGCUCCACCAGCUGUACCGAAAAUAUUCUUGUGGAAAGUUGAUGGAGAGAAUGAAGAGGAUGGUGGUGAUGGUAUGGUUAUUGCACUGUGGCAUGCUGGGGGGUACCCUAAUAAUCCUGGGAGAGACUUGGAAGGUGCUAGAGGUAUAUCCUAUCGUGACUGCACACUGGCACCAGGCACUGCUCACAUACUUUGCUUUGCAUUCCGUACCGACAAUACGGGACCUCCUAACUCGCUUGACGAGAUUGACCGGUAUUAUAUGAUACUAAGAGAAGAGUACCCAGGAGCUGCAGUCUUUGCUUCUACGUUUGAUAAUUUCACCAAUUCUGUCAGUAUUGAUCACCUACCCGUACUUACUAAUAAAGAGAUUGGCGAUACGUGGAUACAAGGCAUAGCCUCAGAUCCUCUUAAGUCCUCAAUGUAUCGCUCAAUGGCCCUCAGUCUUGAUCAGUGUCUCAAAGAUGGAGCCUGUGACCUCUCUGAUCCUGUCGUUUCAAAUGCUACAAGAUUUCUUAUUAAACUCCCUGAACAUACUUGGGGCCUCCCUGGUGUGGAGAAUACAGAGGACUGGGCCAAUUCAGAUUUUGAGAAAGCUCGUACAACUGCAGAAUUUAUCGCCAAUCGGGAGUCUUGGUUUGAGCAGAGAACAUUCAUUAACCUUACCCUUGAGGCCAGUGAAGGUCACAAACUAAACGAAUACCUCACUAGUGGAUUGUCUGAGCUUAAACUGACCGAUCCUCCUAACUUGUCAGAUUACAAUGAGAUUGAUGCAUCGAAAGUAUUCACUCUUUUCAAUGGUAAAGUAGAGAUAGGAUUUGAUAAUAGCACAGGUCCUAUCACUCACUUGAUCUACAGUACAUCAAGCAAUAAACAGUUGGUUUUUGCUGGUACCAAUCAAUCAUUGGGCCAGUUUACUUACAUCACGUACAAUGAAUCCGACUUUUUCUUUAUGCAGUCAAGAUAUGACUACGCAUUUAAUGCUGGUUACGAUAAGCCAGGUAGUGAUGUAGCUGAUCCUCUGUCACAGACCUGGUCAACAAAAUUGAUCGGUCUUUAUCAAUGCAAGGAUAAUGAGAAUUAUUUCCUCACUCAUUUGACAAUGCUUGAUUCAAAGGCUCAUGAUUAUUAUGGUGCGCCUGCUGAUGUAUGGAUUAAAGUCAAUCUCUCUACUAGUGACUCUUCUCUGUUAAGAAUUGAUUUUGAUCUUGUUUUGGUAAACAAGACCAGCACACGUCUUCCAGAAUCGACCAUGUUCUCUUUCUACCCCUCUCCUCCAGCAACAGGUGCAGCUGCUACCCGUUGGAAAGCGAGAGUCUUUAAAGUGGACGAUAAGUCUUCAUUUACUGUUGGCAGCGUUGUCAAUAAUGGAUCUCAGUUCCAGCAUGCAGCUCAGAGUGUUCUGCUAACAUCAUCUUCUUCAAUGGGCAGCAGCUCUGGACCUACCAUUGCUUUUAAUUCAACCGAUGUCCCUAUAGUGUGUCCAAUCAUUGAUGAUGGUCAUAGUCCUACUUCGUUCCCCGUUCCGCUGGACUCACUGGUUGAUGAUAGCGUGAUAGGCAUUGCCUUCAAUAUUCAUAAUAAUAUAUGGAAUACCAAUUACCCGCUGUAUUAUCCAUUUGUGUCUGGUGAUGAGAAUUUUAGAGCCAGAUUCACUGUUACUUUCCAAUAA